CACGCCGUAAAUUCAAUUCAAAACGGAUGCAAGUUCAUGUUGGGUAAUUCAAAGCGAACAUUACAUACAAUAUUUUGCCCAGUCAGUUGUUUGACUGGGUUUGUUCCACCUUGGACGAAACUUGCUCUCAUUCGAAAGUAGCACAUUUUUACCGACUUUUUGCCGAACGUAGCAACGGUGUUCAACGGCAAGUGGUGGAUGCGUACACAGAAUUUACAAAUAUCUGGUGUUUGUUGUUGUGCACAGUGAAUUUGUUGCGAGUAUUCAAGUGUUUUCAGGUUGUUUUAGCGGCAAUUAUAGCAUUGUUAUCAUUGAUAGACAAUUUUCAAAUACAAUGGGAUGUCGGAAGCGCAUUCUUUGUGGAGUUAGCAGUGAAAAAACUGAGGCAACCUUCCACAGGUUUCCUAGUGAUAAGAAAAAACAAGAAGAGAGGUGCACUAUCCUCAAUAUUGACAUAAAUGAUUUACCACUUCAUGCCUUUAUUUGCGCAAUCAUUUUCACAAAAGCGAUUUAAUAGAAGGCAAAAGAACUCAACUAAAGCAUUCAGCAGUUCCAUCAGUAGAGCCUUUGAGGCAAACAGAGAGAAUGAAAUCAAUCUUGCCAAGGAAAUUGCCCUAAGCCAUUCAAAUAGUGAACAACUGGAAAGCAGGGAUCUACCUAGAACAAAUAAAGUCACCAGAAGUAAGAACAGAAAUGGUAUGUGAAUACAGUUUUCCUGAACAAGAUCGAACAACAGAUAGUAGCACCCUAUCAGCUUCGCUGUCAGGUACCCAGUCAUUAUCUGAAACCGUUACAUUUCACAAUCAGGUACUGGAAAUAUCCCAGUGACACCACAGUCCUGUACCCAUGCCUCAGAAUUAGAUAUGAUGGUUUUAAACACAUUCAUAGAAGCAAAAGGUGACAAUGAGGAAGAUAACCUCAAAGAAAAUGAUAGUGAUGGUGAACCUCCACGGAAAAGAAUGAAAACAAAACCUAUUCGAUACUUCGGCGAUAUACGUUAUACUGAUUUGGAAAACCCACUUAAAAGGCCAAUUUGCUGGAAAGUCAUUCAAAACACGUAUAAGAAACAAAGAAAGACAAUUGACUGUUUACGAGCCAAAUCAAGAAGACAAGCAAACAAAAUUUGGUCUCUUCAAGCAUUGACAAACCAUUUGAAGCGAAUAAAUAUGAUAUCGGAGAAUGCUCAACAUAUGCUUGAUGGCUCCAUUGCAGAAGACAUUUUCAACAAAAUUCAAAGAGGCCGAAAAAAAGAAAAAUAUAGUGCAGAAGUGCGUCGCUAAAUGGCUAAAAUGGCUAUCAGAGUCUACAGAGUACGCUAAAUCCCAAGUAUACCGUUAUGUAUAAAACGAUUUAUAAUCCAACUUAAGCUCCACAAUAAAUGUAGUCUCAAAAUCUUCCUAAACAAUAUUUUAUACAGGGUUGACCAAACAGACUAUUGUACAAUAUGUAAUACUCGAAAGACCGAAUCUUUAGGACAUCUCCUCCUGGAAUGUCCAUUAUACAAUCCAUUCAGAGAGCAUAUUCUGUCAGAUCGUUUGAACCAAAUCUGCGUCUUUGCUUGCCUAAAUAAAAGAAUGAGUUGAAUUUAUGAUACAAACUUUUUAAAUACUUUAGGGAACUAUUUAAGCUAAGAUCUUUCUUAAGGAAUGAAUAGUUUUUUUGUGCCGUCAAUAUCAAGACAGAAUAUUUAAAUUGAUGCGUCAAUUAUUUAUUCUUUUUCUGUGUGUUUAUAUAUUUUUUAUAUACAACUUUUGAUCAUGGUUUUUUUUUGUAUUCAUACUCUGGACAGGAAAUUUUCUACUCAUUUCUUAUUAUUU